ACAUAUCUCACUGAUGGUUCGUAAGAGAGAAUCGAUUAAACAGAAAGUAAAGGAAGUUUUCAAUGCGUCACCGCCAUCUGAGAAUGUAGAGGAAGCCGUUGAUGAUUCCUUAGAGGAUGAUCUUUUCGCACAGUUGGAUGCAAAAGAUGACGCUGAGCAGGAAUCACAACCACAGGAAUCACAGCCAGCUUCAAAAUCCCAUUCCAAUAGAUCAGAAACUGAAAUUGAACAAAAAAAGACACGGAAAGCUAAAAGAGAGGAAAAGAGAUUACAAGAGGAGGAAUCUAUCAGACAGGCUGCAUUUAAGGAGGCUAAUUUACCUGAAAAUGAGAAACUUGCUAAGGAAGCAACGGAAGAGGAGAAGAUUAUCAUAGACAUAUGCGCGAAACAUAAGAGAAAGAUGUUUGAGAUAUCACCAGAUGGCCAUUGUUUAUAUGCAGCCAUUGCUGAUCAAAUUAAUUGCGACAAUCUGCUUGGAUACUCCCAUGAGAAGCAGUCUAACUAUAGUGAUAUGAGGAAGAUAGCGGCUAAUUAUCUUAGACAGCAUGUCGACGACUUCAUGCCUUUCUUGUCAACUGCAAAUUUGUCCCCUGCGGAUGGUGCAGAUGCUAACGGUAACGAAGCUGAAGGAUUACCAAUGGAUACAAAACAGUAUGAACAGUAUUGUGAAAUUAUCGAAAAGACAGGUGAAUGGGGUGGUCAUAUUGAAUUACUUGCUAUUUCUAGAGCAAUAAAUAAACCAAUUCAUGUCGUACAACGAUCAUAUCCUAACGUCAUACUCAUUGGAGGCAAUGAGGGUGAAUUUGAAAACAAUCCUGAAUCUGUAGACGGUAUUUGGUUGACGUUCCAUACUAGAAUGUAUGGAUUAGGAGAACAUUACAACUCAUUAAGGAGAAAAGAAGAUACAACAGAUUAAUGUUAUACAAUUGAAAUUGCUGGUUAAUUUAUUAUUAACCAUCCUAUCUAUCGUUACUUGUAGACAGACCUAUUUUGUUCAGACGUCUCGUUUUAUUGAUUAGCAGAUACUUCCAUAUGUAUGUUGAUAUAUAUAUAUCUCGGACUAUUAUC